UAGAUGGCGUGGCAAUAUCAUCUAAGAAGAAAGAAAAACUAUACAAGCUAUCUACCACUUUUUUUCUGUCAUUUACGGCUUUCCAUUAAAUGUGUAACGGAGCACGUGAGAGGAUCUUGGUGUCUCUAUAAGAGGUGCGUAUUCAUCUUCUUCCCAAACCACCGUUCCUAUUUCCACAGUUGGCUAUGGAAGAUAACAACAAUGCUUCAACAACCGAAGGAAAACCAAUACGAUGCAAAGCUGCCGUUGCUAGAAACGCUCGUGAGCCAUUGGUGAUUGAAGAGAUAACUGUGGCGCCACCAAUGUCCAGUGAGGUGCGGAUUCGUGUUAUCUGUUCCUCUCUCUGCCACAGUGACGUCACUUUUCGGAACCUCCAGGUUCCUCCUGCCAUUUUUCCAAGGAUUCUGGGUCAUGAGGCAACUGGGGUUGUGGAAAGUGUAGGGAAGGAUGUAACUGAAGUUAGAAAAGGUGAUGUGGUUAUUACAGUUUUUCUACCAGAAUGUGGGGAGUGCAUAGAUUGCAAAUCAAGCAAGAGCAACCGUUGUUCUAUUUUCCCUUUCAAGGUGUCUCCCUGGAUGCCUCGACAUGGUACGUCUAGAUUCACUGACAAGAAUGGAGAGAUCAUAAGCCAUUUUUUGUAUAUUUCAAGCUUCAGUGAGUACACUGUGGUGGACAUUGCCAAUAUUAUCAAGAUUGAUCCAGAAAUUCCUCCUGACAGGGCAUGCCUUCUUGGAUGUGGUGUUUCAACAGGGGUAGGUGCUGCUUGGAGAACUGCUGGUGUGGAACCAGGGUCUACAGUAGCCAUAUUUGGGCUGGGGUCUAUUGGAUUAGCAGUUGCAGAGGGAGCAAGACUUUGUGGAGCAACUAAGAUUAUAGGUGUUGACGUCAAUCCAGAAAAAUUUGAAAUUGGAAAAAAGUUUGGAGUCACAGAUUUUGUCCAUGCCGGAGAAUGUGGGGACAAUCCUGUGAGCCAGGUUAUCAUAGAGAUGACUGGUGGGGGAGCAGAUUAUUGCUUCGAAUGUGUUGGCACGGCAUCAUUGGUGCAUGAAGCAUAUGCUUCUUGUAGAAAGGGUUGGGGAAAAACAAUUGUUUUAGGAGUGGACAAGCCAGGAGCCAGGAUAAAUCUCAGUUCCCAUGAGGUCCUUCAUGACGGGAAGUGUCUCAUGGGAUCCUUGUUUGGAGGUCUCAAACCGAAGUCUCACGUACCUAUUCUCCUUAAACGUUACGUGGACAAGGAAUUGCAGUUGGAUGAAUUUGUCACUCAUGAGGUGGAGUUUAAGGACAUCAACAAAGCUUUUGAUUUAUUGAGUACAGGAAAGUGUCUUCGAUGUGUGAUUUGGAUGGGUAAAUGAGUACAUUGUUAAGCAUUCCUAGUCCUUGAUGAUGAUAUGCAACAUGAAACAUUUAUUCCCAGAUUUUAUGUAUUUGAGAAAACAUAUUCAAUAAAACAGAGCUUCUAUUUUACUGCA